AUGCAGGGCAUCUUGACUAUAAUCUCAUUCUUGGCUGUUUCUCAACUAUCAAACGUGACUUCUCUUCCGACCAACAACAAUUCAAAACUAAAAGAUUUUCAAGGUCCCCCGCAUUCAGCAACUGUGCUACAACUUUCGAGGCGCGGCUCCUUGACAGACGAAAAAACAGGCUUACUGGAUCAAAAAACUCUCGACGCGCAUCUUCGUUAUGUUUUACGAAAGCAGGUUAUUGGAGCCAUGAAUUAUUAUAAAAACACUGGAAAUGUCUUGUCUACAUUCAACAUGACACCGUUCCAACUCGAGGAUAUGUACCACUCUGGGUCGGUGCCACUGAUAGUGUCCGAUGCUGUAGAGGUUUCUGGUAAAGAAGAUGACUCUGAGAAGCCACUCAGCUCACUCAGAGCUGUCAGUCAAUCUGACAUACCCGUUACCCAGUCUAAACCUCCGGCUCGAGGAACUACCAUGCCCUUAGAUAAUUUGGGCGAGAAGGAUUUGAUCUGGGCGGCAACAGUACACGUUGGCAACCCGCCAAAGGCCUUUCUUGUCUCAGUAGAUACUCUUUCGCAAAGCAAGGCUACCCCAUUCUUUACUGCGCUCACGAAAGCGAGCGGCCAGCAAGGCGUCAUGGGCUCCCGAUUUUCUCGUAAGAGUGACGUAGGUUCGGAGAUCACGAUAGGGGGUGUUAACCCUGCAGCAUUUGUGGGACCUUUUACCACCUUGAAUGUCAUGGCUAUGGAAGGCCAGCCCCCUGCGUUUUGGGAUGUUAGUCUUGAUGGUGCCAUCGUGAAUGGACAGCGUCUAAAAUUGUCGUCGGCGAUUGCUACUAUUGACACUGGAACCAGCGUGAUAGGCGUGCCUCAGGAUGACGCACGCGCGAUAUACGCUUCAGUCCCUGGAGCACUGCCAUCGGGAGGUGGUCAAUACACCUUUCCUUGUGCAUCAAUGCCCUUCGUCUCCAUGGUUUUCGGUGGUCGUAGAUUUGACAUUAACCCAGCAGAUAUGUCAAUUCUCAUCGAACCUUGA